AUGGCAUCCAUGGCUCUCUCCUCCCCAUCAUUUGCAGGCACCGCCGUAACAUUAAACUCACAGUCAGAAUUUCCAACCAAUGUUAGACCCAGUAGCAUUGGAAGGAUCAUGAUGAGGAAGACAUCAGCCAAGAAGCCUGCUGCUUCUUCAGGAAGUCCAUGGUACGGUCCAGACUGUGUUAAGUACAUUGAACCAUUCUCUGGUGAGUCUCCAUCAUACCUAACCGGUGAAUUCCCUGGCGAUUAUGGCUGGGACACUGCUGGACUAUCUGCAGACCCAGAGACAUUUGCCAAGAACCGGGAACUUGAGCUUGGUCCAUGCACAGAGAAUCUUAGCUAUUUGGGCGAAGGUGGACUGGACUGGACUACUUGGGAAGGUGGACUGGACUACUUGGGAAACCCCAGCUUGGUCCAUGCACAGAGCAUCUUAGCUAUUUGGGCGACUCAAGUGAUCCUUAUGGGAGCUGUUGAGGGAUAUAGAGUUGCCGGUGGUCCACUAGGCGAGAUCGUCGACCCACUUUACCCCGGAGGUAGCUUUGACCCCUUAGGACUUGCAGAGGACCCAGAGGCAUUUUCCGAGCUAAAGGUAAAGGAACUUAAGAAUGGGCGACUUGCUAUGUUCUCCAUGUUCGGAUUCUUUGUUCAGGCUAUUGUUACAGGCAAAGGUCCUCCAGAAAACCUGGCAGAUCACCUUUCUGACCCUGUAAACAACAAUGCUUGGUCCUAUGCAACCAACUUUGCACCAGGAAAGUGA